GUGACACAGACAACAUUGCAGUAAUUUCCUAUUGGAUGAGAGAGAUUUUCUAUAUUUCUUUCAAUAUUGAAAGUGAGGCUGAUAGCUUUUUUCUUUGUUCAUCAUACACACAAUUGUGUGUGUGUGUGUGGAGGACAUAGAGUUGUAACUAGCACACACCAGCAUCUGGCUAACAUCUCACCUCCCACUACAUACAGCAACUGUCACACUAUUAUAUCAGCAGUUACACAGGAACAGCAGCAGCAGCUGCAGUAACACAGGAACACUACUACAACAGCAGCAGUACCACUAUAAUACCACUACAGCAGCAGCAGCAGCAGUUGGAGUGGAACACUACAGCAGGAUACACAUCAUCCAUCACACACAACUACAGUGAAGGAUUAAACAAUGCAGCAAUUUCUCCUGCUGAAAUGUGAUGAAGAAUUCCAGACAUGACAGCAUAUAUUGGUCUACUGUGUCUUCUACCUUUACUGAUCACCCUUGUACUGUCCAUAGAUAUUACAUACCAUGUCAAAGAAGAAGGCAGACCUCACACCUAUAUAGGAGACAUUGCUGUUGACUCCAACUUAUCACACCCUCUCACACAUCAACAACACACUCUUAUUACAUUUACACAACUACAAAGGACAGUCGAGAGUGGUUCUCACUUAUUUAAUGUCACCAACUCAGGAAAACUAUACACUACUCAAACACUGGAUGCUGAGUCUCUGUGUACAUACAACAAGGAAUGUUCCAGAAUAGUUAAAGUCGCAGUGAGGAAAGAAGAAGCAUUUAUGAAAAUUCUCAAAAUAAAAAUAUUAAUAGAAGACAUCAAUGACCAUUCACCAGAAUUUCCACAAAAUGAAGUUGAAAUUGAAUUUUCUGAAAGUGAUAGUAAAGGAACUAGAAUCUCUCUUCUGAAUGCCAUUGAUGAAGAUAUUUCCAUAAAAAAUUCACAAAUUACAUAUAUGAUUGAGAAAAGAAAGAGAGAACCCUUUUCUCUCUCUGUCACAAAACGUGAUGGUAUUUUUAUACCUGAACUAAUUCUAGAUGACAAAUUAGACAGGGAAAUAAAAGAUUCAUAUAUGUUGACCCUUGAAGCCAAAGAUGGAGGGAACCCACCCAAAACAGCUACACUCAAGGUACAUAUAUUUGUGACAGAUGUCAAUGAUAACAUUCCUGUAUUUCCUCAGAAACUUUACAACAUUUCUAUCAAUAAUUCACAUCAAAGACAUUUACCAAUUCUUUCUUUAAAAGCCACAGAUCAAGAUUCUGGACAAAAUGGAAAGUUUAGUAAAAAGCAGUCUUAUAAAUUAUUUAUUGAAGCAAGAGAUGGAGGCAAGCAACCCAAAAAAUCUGUUGCAGCAGUUCAGAUUCACGUAGUCAAUAACCAAAAUAAUGCACCAUUGAUAAAUAUAGAUUUUGUAUCUCCUUUAACUGAGAGUUCCGCAGCAGUUUCAGAAGCAAGUAAAAUUGGUAGUUUUAUAGCUUAUGUUAUGGUCACUGACACUGAUAGUGGACCUAAUGGUGAGGUUAUCUGUGAUUUAAAACAUGAUAAAUUUAAACUUGCCAAAAUAGAUUCUAAAGAAUAUAAAAUGAUUGUUAAGGGUCAUCUUGACAGAGAAAUAAGGGACCACUAUAAAGUAUCUAUUAUGUGUCAUGACAUGGGGUCACCUCAACUAGAAAGUAAAAAAUAUUUCUCUGUCAAAGUAACUGAUGUCAAUGAUGUAGAACCACAUUUUACCAAAGAGACAUUCCAAUUCCUCACCUAUGAAAACCAGAAAGUUGACUUCCCUAUUGGCUUCAUCAAUGCUACAGACCCUGAUCUUGGAGAUGGAGGCCAACUUACAUAUUCUAUCAUCAAUGAUAACAACAAUGAUAACAUUCCUUUCCAACUGACAAAAUAUGGAUUUGUUUCUACAUCACAAUCAAUAGAUCGAGAAAUGAAAGACAUCUAUAAGUUCAAGGUUUUAGUGAAAGAUAAUGGAACACCUUCUCUCAAUGACACUGCCAAUAUUGUUAUUGAGAUUCUAGAUAAAAAUGAUAAUGCUCCGUAUUUUACGUUUCCUAAUAAUGACCCUUACAAUCUAGAUGUCCACUACCAUCCACACAGUAAGAAGGACAUCACUAUUCUGAAAGCAUCUGACAAAGACACUGGAAACAAUGCUUUCCUCACAUAUGGAAUACUGAGAUCCAAUGAUAAAAACCUGUUUACAGUGAACUCACACACUGGUGUGUUAUCUUUCUCUCGCGCAGUUUACCAAAAUGAUGCAGGAACAUAUGAGCUGCAGUUUAUAGUGAAAGACGGUGGUACUCCAGUUCAAUCAGCAACAACUGCUAUCAUACUAACACUGUUUGUUAGUAAUGAUACAUCUCCAAUGUUGACUGCUGUGCCAUUCCAGUCUGGUCACGACCUGAAUAUGACUUGGGUAAUUAUCAUUGUAGCAGCAGCUGUAAUACUAUCUGUGGCUAUUGUAGUGUCCAUAACACUGUGUGUUUUCAGAUGUAUUAAUCACACAAAUAACUCACCCACAACAGCAGAGAAUCCCAACUUUCUCUCUCAGACUGAGAUGAGACAAUUACUGUAUCAGACUAACAAUCCUGUUGCAAUAACGAGAAAUGCAGAAGAGAUAUUUAACCGAAAUCUUCAGACAAUAAAAUCUAAAAGUCAGUUUUUUCUGGAGAUGGAACAGACACCAGAUGAAUGGAAAUUCUCAACAACACAAAGGAGACUUCCACCUGUGCCUCAGAGAUGUGAUUCAAUCCAUAGUCAAGAACGUCGCACCAGUUCCAUCAUGUCUUACAACAGUGACACCUUAACAUCCCAAAAGGACAGAGAAGCUAGCAAGAGUAAUGGCAAGACUAAACCAUAUGAUGAGAUACCUGCAGAACCAGAAUAUACCAAUGACAAUCCAGUGGCAGCCACAAUACUAAAGGGACAACAAAUACAAGAUACGUAUCUACAGCCAACAUAGUAGAUGUUCCAUGACUAUUGUUAAAUGAUUCUCUCACACACCAAAUCUUAUACAAUACUUUAUAUUCAUAUAAAAAUAUCAACUCUAUGUUUCUUUCACACAUCACACAUAAAGGGCUUUACAGUGGCAUCUAUUAUGACCCCUAAUUUGCAGCACUGAUACAUGAAAC